AUGAAUUGGUGGUGGAUAGCGUCGCGUGAGCUCUCAAAUGUUGCCUGUGGCUACCAACAUGUCUCUUCUCUGAUUUUACUAGGCAAACCGCAGAUAUAUUCCCGGUGGCGGCUCUAUUUCUCGAACUACGUCAAAUCUGGGGGGGCUCUGGACCCGAAGAUUGACGGAAGGAUCAAGUUCGGAAAGUAUCAUGCAGUCCGAAUUAUGAAGGCAAUAAAGAAUGGUGAAGAUCCCAAUGCGACGAAUCCUGUUCCGGAAGAGGAAGAACAAGAAUCAAUCGCCAGUCAGGAUGUUCGAACAUUCGAUGGAUCGGUAGCGGAACAGCCCUCUCCAUCCAGACAGCCGCCAAUCGAGGAAAUCCCAGAAGAAUCCGGCCAUCUAAAAGCGCGGGAGCUGACCCAGCAAUUGUCUCUUGAUGAAUCGCUUCAUACUUCCCGAGUUUCAUCCCUUCAGUGGCCGCCUGCAACGUCGAAUUAUGAUAUUCUUUCUGUACUCGGCGAUAUCCCUGGUUCUCCUGCGCGAACAAAGGACAUCAGCAACCCACAACUAGGAGACUUAGAACUCUCCUCAUUCCCGGGGACAAUUGGGUACUCUUCUUCAGUGCCAAACCUACCAGGUAUUCCCGGGGCCUCAACCCUCAGCGGAGCCGAUGCCUUGCGUACCCUGCACCCCUUUCCACCACCAGCCAUUAGUUCUUCAGUCGCCGUACCAGCCCAGCUUCCUUCGAUGAGCUAUCGGGCGCUAGCUCUCAUAUUCCGCAUCCUACAGCUGUGCCGUCCGGUCCACCUCCAGUUCUACGUGCAUCUCUGGCUCAUGUGCGCACUGGAUCACCAAGUCAACCAUCACAGUCGGUCGACGAACAGUCUAUCUCUCUGGCACAGAAACAUGCUCACUGAGCGCUCUCUGUGUUAA